AUGGAGCCUCAAAUCGUGGACAUGCGAUCAGUUGUGGAAGCAGUUUCUGCGGAAGAUUCCGACGCUCCUCUCUACGAAGUCGAAAGCCUCUGCAUGCGUUGCGGCGAAAACGGGAUAACAAGGUUUCUAUUAACACUAAUUCCACAUUUUAGAAAGAUAUUGUUGUCAGCCUUUGAAUGUCCACAUUGUGGUGAGAGGAAUAAUGAAGUGCAGUUUGCUGGUGAAAUCCAGCCUAGAGGUUGUCAUUACCAUCUGCAAGUUCCAGCAGGUGAUCAAAAGGUGCUUAAUCGUCAAGUUGUGAAAUCAGAAACUGCCACUGUUAAGAUACCUGAACUGGACUUUGAGAUACCUCCUGAGGCACAGCGUGGAUCUCUGUCAACGAUUGAAGGGAUAUUGGUAAGAGCUGCGGAUGAAUUGGAGGCUCUUCAGGAAGAACGGAAGAAAGUGGAUCCCCAGACAGCUGAAGCGAUAGAUCAGUUCUUGGUGAAACUGAGAGCUUGUGCCGCUGGAGAUUCACCAUUUGCUUUCAUUCUUGAUGAUCCUGCUGGUAACAGCUUCAUUGAGAAUCCGCUUGCUCCAUCUCCGGAUCCAUCAUUAACCAUCCAAGCCUACGAGCGAACUCGUGAGCAAGUUGCUUCAUUGGGGUAUCUUGCGGGAGAACCCACUACCGAAACAUCAGAAGAAGGGACAAACAACGUCUCUGAUCAAAUUCAAAGAGAACCACAUGGCUCUGUUGGAGCAAGAGCUGGCCGCCGAGCUAUUGCUCAGGGUAACAGUGCAGAAAUUGCUGAAACUCUAUUUCGAUAUUCUGCACCGGAGGAGGUCAUGACUUUUCCAUCAACUUGUGGAGCUUGUGCUACUAAGUGUGAGUGCCGAAUGUUUGUGACAAACAUUCCAUAUUUCCAAGAAGUGAUUGUCAUGGCAUCCUCUUGUGAUGCUUGUGGUUACCGUAAUUCAGAGGUGAAACCUGGUGGGCGUAUACCUCUGAAAGGAAAGAAAAUCAAAGUUUAUGUGAAGAACAUAAAAGACCUUAACCGAGACGUGAUAAAGUCAGAUACUGCUAGCAUAAAAAUCCCAGAGAUUGAUUUGGAAUUGGCCAGUGGCACUUUAGGUGGACUUGUGACAACUGUUGAAGGCUUGAUUUCCAAGAUUAGUGAAAGUCUUGAGCGAGUACAUGGGUUUACUUUUGGUGAUAGUCUUGAUGAUACCAGGAGGAGCAAGUGGAAGGAGUUCAGAGCAAGACUUGACAAGCUAAAAAACUUGGAUGAACCUUGGACUUUGAUAAUUGAUGAUGCUCUGGCCAACUCCUUUGUUUCCCCUGUAACUGACGAUAUAAAGGAUGAUAAUGAGUUAACAUUUGAGGAAUACGAGAGGUCAUGGGAGCAGAAUGAGGAAUUGGGCCUUAAUGACAUGGACACCUCUUCAGCGGACGCAGCUUAUGGUUCGGCAGAUGUCGAGUCAUCCAAGGAUGGAUGA